GUGAUCUCCACAUUUUAUGCAACCACAUUGUUGGGUAAAUAUUCACCAUGAAGCUUGUAAGAUUUUUGAUGAAACUCAAUAAUGAGACUGUGACUAUCGAACUCAAGAAUGGCUCACUUGUCCAUGGAACAAUCACCGGUUCGUCUAAUCAGCUUGUUUACUCAACUCGUACAACCCUCAAAUUAUUCGCAGGUGUCGACAUGCAGAUGAAUACCUACCUCAAAACUGUCAAGAUGACAGCCCGCAAUCGAGAGCCGACAUCCCUCGACACCCUAUCUAUUCGUGGCAACAACGUCCGGUAUUUCGUGCUUCCUGAUGCACUUCCUCUAGAUACCCUCUUAGUGGAUGACGCACCUAAGCCGAAAGCUAGGAAGAAGGACGACGGGCGCGAAAGGGGAAAGGGGGGACGAGCUCGAGGGAUGGACCGUGGGCGUGGUCGGGGAAGAGAACGAGGAAGGGGAAGGGGUUUCUGAUGGUGUGGUUGAAUAGCAUCAUCACAGGGAGACGAGGAACGCGCAUGACGUGUAUCAAUCACUGAAAAUAAAUUCCUCUGUAAAUCUAGACGCUCCGUCAUCUGGUCCUUUUGAAAAGUGAGUGCUACGGUCAGUAAGACAGUGUGUAUUGAGAAAUGACAUCAUUAAACAUUGA